AUGCGGACAAGGCCCGAAGUCCACGCGGACACGGAGCCAUUUCUGCGCGUGGCCGGCCGAAAUCCAAACAGCACAGCUCACCUCACAGUUUUCUUCGAGGGCACCGCAAACACCAUUGAACCACUGACCACGCAGAUUGGUCUCUUCUUUACUCUCACAGACGCUUUCGAUGUAAGCGGCGGGAAUUUGGGCGGUGCACCCAUCACCCAGCCGAGAAAGAUGGCAUUCGAUGGGUGUGGCGUCACUGACGGCUUCUGCGGCACCAUUUGUGCCAAGGGCCUGCGCAGGCAAUGCCAAGCAGUGAGGCGUCAAGUUGACAGUCUUAUUGCGGAACUCUCUGCCAGCUGUCGACCUCCGCCACCGCUACGCGUCAACGCAGUGGGGCUCUCGCGCGGUGGAGUAGCGUGCUUGUACUUGGCACAGGCGCUAGCAGACCUGGAGAUGUCAACCUGCGAGCUGUCGCUUCUUUUGUUCGACCCAGUCCCUGGAGAUCUUCUGACCGUCGCACAAUUAGAUCUGUUUGGCCUUACGAACACGUCCGCCUGUUGUGAUGUCUCCAUGUGCCAAUGCUUGGCACGAGUAUUGGCACUGUAUCCGUACGAACCAUUACCUUCCAUUGCUUGCCAUGCUCCAGUCCUUUGCCACUAUCCCGACGAUUGCCUGGUAGAAGAGGAAGUGACGAUGGGGUGCCACCAAGGAGCGCUGCAAGUACAUGGCCUGCAGGGGCCUGGGAUAGAUUUGGACUCUGCGCUGUCAUUCCUCCGCAUACGUCGUUGGCUGAUGGAGUGUGGGACACCGCUAGAUCACAGGCACUUGGAAUGCACAGUGUCAGUUAAAGCCCUUGAGGAGUUCUGCCUGAGGAAGUGCGACCAGGAAACGAAGCGCAAUCGUGCCAGUGUCCGUUCUUCUCACAGCGCUCAUAGCUAUUGGGGCGCCACCAUUAUCCGAAGGCAGGGCAUGAGGGAUAGAGGGUCAUAUGUGAAUCCGCACCACAGACUUCUGGCCAAUCCUGGGCCCGGGGCCAGCGAAGAUCAUGAUUGGCUGCUGGAGAUAGUGCGGGAGAAAACGCCCUUUCCGUCUGGGCUGCUUUGUUUGCUCAUACUUGUGGGGCUUUCCAUCGUGUGUCCUCUUCUGACAUCAUGA